CUUUAUUUGACAACGACAAGUAGUAGAACUCGAAGAGAAGCACUACUGCUAAAAACGGAUGUUUGGUUUUAAUUUAUGUACGCCUUUUACAUUCCACUUUGCGGUUACGAUGAAGUAUAUGCUUGUUCUUUCAGGAUCGAAAAAAUUUGUGCAAAAGGCUUGAAGAAAAGAGAACAACAAAAAGAUGACGGGAGCUGUUGCAACCGCGUCAGCAGAUUACCCUGUCACUGUCUGGCUGCCGGACUGGGACGAUAGAAAUGUUAUCCUGUACACAUUGACGGCAGACGGGGAACGCAAGCGAACCGAGCCGAGCAGCGCGCCCGCGGAUGCGCAUAGCUUGGUGCAAUUGAAGGACUACCUCGCGAAAAAGUUGUCGGAACUGAAGGGACUCAUUGAGAAAGCCGACAGGGAGAUCCAGAUACAACCCUGUCCAAGCUCGUCCUCGUGUGUGGACGAGAACAGCGACACCGACGCCAUGAAUGCGAAAAUUCAACUUGGCUACGAUACACAAAAAACGCUGCAGAGUUUCGGCAUGCACACAAAAGACGUCUACGAGCUGAUGGACCAUAUUGUAGACCACGAAUUUUGCGCCCGUUCGGUUGCGACAUACGUUCAAACUGACGCGAGCAGCGCGAUAAAGGGGCUGGAGAAAAAGUGGGAAAAGUCCCUCGAGCCGAGGGUCAAGGACUACAUCGAACAUUACCACCGAAAAAUCGAGCGCGUGUUGGACAAGGCGGGGUGGCGCAAGGGCUGCGGCAAGGGGCGCGAGCCCUUGCCCGAAACAGUGGAGCACGUGGCGGAAGCAAGGCAGCAGGGGGCGGCGCCUACCCCCCAGAUAUUGACGGCAGCGCGUGAGGGGGCAGGAAAUGUAGAUAGUAAUGGCUACGGCAUCGAAGUAGAAAAGGGCGCGGCGGUCUGUGGUGGUGAUAUGACCUCCUCCUCCACCCAGGCCGGGUCUGGGAGCGUCAUGGGCGUGGCAGCGAGCUUCUGUGGGACGAGGGGCUCGGUCGAGUCUUCCUCCAUUGGAGGGCCCGAAAAGUCAGAACCAGAGGCGCACCCCCAGGAGCCGUCGAGCCCCCGCAACAGUGAUCGUUUAGGACCAGGCGCCGAGGUUGCCGCGCGGCGCCCAAAAGAGGGCGCAGGGAGCUCGGUUGGCUUACCGCCAGGUAGAAGAAGCGCUAGGCGCCAACCUUCUAGUCGUCGUGCGACCCGCAGGUCUUCGCACAGUCGCGCAGCCAAGAGCCGUAGAAGAGACUGCCGGGCGCCAGGAUACUCAAAGAACAGGCGACGCCGUCGAAGCGUGUCCUCGUCCUCGGAGCCCAUUCGGCCGCGGGGCCGUCGGCGUGAUCGCUCGCAAUCGGCGACAGGAAAGAAGAAACGCAGGCCGUCGGUCGAUUACGAUUCCCGCACACCCCGCAGAAAUAGACCACCCCCGCGGGAAAGUCGUGCUCGGAGGCGGUCGUCAAUCCGACGACGACGCAGUCGAAGACGCUCGCGCCGGGACCGAGAUUCGCGAGGGAGAGACCGUACGAAACCAUCGCCGGCGGGCAAGGGACGUUGCCGCAGAGAAUCGUGGGAAAAGUCUUCGUCUCGAAGAAGCAGCGAGGCGUGUGAUGCCUCGCGGCCCUCAAACUCUGUGUCGCACCGGAGCGUUUCUGCUGGGUCACGCAGCCCGGCGGAGAGCCGAAGGAGUGCAUCGAACCAGAAUCACGAUGAUCAUGGUGAAGAUCAUGAUGAUGGUCAUGUGAUUGUUGAUUCUUCUCCCGUGGCGCCAGGUAUAAUUGUGGCGAAGGAGCCUGCCUCGCCAUCCCGACGAAAGAGUCUAAGUGCGCGCUCGCAGAUUGCGAAUCGAACACAAGUGGCGGCUGAUACAGACGACCUGGUGGACGGCGUCCACAUGGUUUCGAGCACGGCCGGCGGAAGUCCGUCUGCAGACGGUUCGGCAGGGAGCGCUGUGCCCCUGAAAAAACUACAGGGGCCUCCGCCGAUUAGAAUCCCUGAGAAGCCGGCGAAGACCAAGAACCCCAUAUUAGUCAUGGAGGACAAAUGGCCGUCAGAACAAGAUUGCGGGGUAGCAGAAGAUGGUAUAGAUUGUGUUUCUUUGGCUUUGCCAGAUCAAGAGGUCGAGCACAGAAGGGCGACGAGAGAUCGUCGCCUAGAAACUCAUCGAAGUACCACUUAGUUUCAUUUUGCUUCUUACGCCGAAUUAUCAAUUAUGUGCUCGUAAAUCAGGCAAAUGCACAGAAGAUAGCACUUUCCUAGAGUAAUACAAAACCACUUUUUUUCGAACCGUCGACAGUGGCAAAUUCCGUGGCACAGAAGGUCGAUGGGUUGAUGUCCUCGGAGCUCCGGGAAUUUGAGCGCGACAUGAAAGCAUGUGGUGUUUCCAUGAGCCCGGGCGAGGAACGGGAGGUGGUGAUAGCGCGAAUGCUGUUGCAGGAGUUCUUCGUAAACUUGGGAAAGGACGAGCAAGCACGUGCAGUGGAGGCGUUCUACCGUCGGGCGCAAGAUUUUACGAUGAAGGCGCAUCACGUUCUUGCAGCCCUCGGCGCAGGCAACAUGGAGGCGAAAGAAAGGAAUGGCCUGGCCGUCGAGUCGGGACAGGAUGGGAUUUGGGCCAGUAGCUGGAAGCGCCAUUUGAAGUCUCGUGAUUCGAUGAAGCGAAUUGCGGACGAGAUCCAGAAAAUUAUUGAGUUGCAGUGAGGGAAUAUCCCGUCGCUCUUCGGACCUCGCCAUGGUUGCUUUUGCUUGAUGAGAGCCAAACUUUAUCCACAUACUUACACAGGUGUUGUCCGCUCUUUGUCGUACAUCCAAAAAGAAAAAAUGUUAUUAGCGACAACUUCAGCUACUUGAAUAGCAGCACUCCUGUGACAAUUCUUUAGUACCCUUCUGCGCAUCUGUCGGAAAGGUGAAAAACCUGUGAUGCAUUUUGCAACGAAGGUGAACUGAAGAUCAGAGAAGUUGAAAGAACCAAAUUUCCAUCUCAUUCGCUCGUAGUAG